ACAGUUACGUGGUGCAUUCGUGUCAUUCAUGUUUUGCUAGAAGCGUGCGACGUUCAAAUAUAUGUUUUAUAUUGCUUUUUUAAUUUAAUUUCUUAUUUGUUUGUAAGAUUUUAUAAAAAUUUACGUUCUUACUUUUGCUCGUAUUUAUUAUAAUGCUCCAUAACAUGCUGAUGACUUCGUUAACGGCCCUUGGCGAUACCAAUGAAAUCAAUUGUUGGGAGAACAGACCCUUCAUGAAGUCCUGGCCUGAAAAUAAACAACAUAAUGCAACAAAAAUUCAUUCAGUAACCAAAGUGAUAAAGAAGAAGAAUAAACGUAAUCGCACCGCGUACACGACGGAUCAAUUGCGGGUGUUAGAGAGAACCUACAUAAAGACAAAGUACAUCGAUGCCGAACGUCGUAAAGAGCUCGCACAACAUCUGAACAUCGGCGAGAAAUGCAUCAAAGUCUGGUUCCAAAAUCGAAGAAUGAAGGAAAAGAAAGAAUCUUCCGAGUCGAGUUGUGAUUCCUCCAGCGAAAGCAACGCAUUUGAACCCAUAACACCGCCACCACCUGCUAAUAUUACAGAAGAUAUCGUAACGCCUAAUUUCAAUACAAACUAUUCUCAUGAUAUUCCCCAAACUUACCAAAAUACAACGCAAAAUUAUGUAUUUCCCACCGACGUAAAUCAGAAUGGCUACGAUUACAAUGCAACUCAAUUUUAUAACAAUUUUGCACCCGAAAACUACAAUUAUAAUAAUUGUGGGUAUUAUUUUCAAAAUGAAAGAAAUGUUUAUCCAACUCAAUAUUACCCAAAUGAUUCUACGCCAUAUUAUAACGCAAAUGAUUUUACACAAUAUUGUAAUUAUGAAAACUGGAAUGUUAAUGGUUUUGAAACGGUUUCCUAUGAUAAUUGUAAUGGAAAUGGGCUACAAGGUAUGUAAAUGAAAACAGAAAUUUUAUUUAAACAAUUAUCUUAUAUUUAAAUAUAUCAUAGAUCUUAAUUUAUUUUUAUUUAUUUAUAAAUGACAGUGUUACUUCGGUACUCAGUGAAUUUUACAUUAUAUAUUUUGUAAUAAGAAA